AUGACAUACAAGCAUGGUUUUAAGGAAGAAACUCGAAGGGCAGGAAAGUUUUGGAAAUCUCUGCUCCGUCAGUACUGUGAAAACACAUCGUUACACGGAUUCCGGUAUGUUGUUUCUAAUGAAACGACGUUUGUCGAAAAAAUUCUUUGGCUUGUGGUUUGCGUUCUUGGCUUUUUCAUAGCUUUACUUCUUAUGUUAUUUGUGUGGCAAAAAUUUCGAAGGACACCUACCGUUACAACUAUUGAUACCACUACUUACCCAAUUUUCAACCUUGCCUUUCCUGCAGUAUCUAUUUGUAAUUAUAAUAAGGUCUACAAGCCCCAUGCUGAAAAAUUUUCUAAAAGAAUGAAACAAAAAGGGUUAAAUAAUACAGAAAUACUCAACUUUUUUACCUCAUUGCCUCAACUAGUUAGACCAAAUUUGUUGAAAUUAGAUAAUAAAAGAGCUCUUGAAUUCUUAGCAUUAGAAGGAAUAUCCAUCGAAGACGUCAUGUAUGAAAUGAUGCAACCGUGCGAAAGUCUUCUGUUAAGGUGCUCUUGGGAAGGAAAAACGUAUGACUGCAAAAAUAUUUUUAGACCCAUAAAAUCUGUCGAAGGGUUUUGUUGUGCUUUUAACUAUCAUGUUAAUGUUUCCAUGAACUCUACAUUUGGAAUACACAUGUUAAAAAAUAAUUCAUUUAUAAAAUCACCAGAAGCCAAAAAUAUUGUAAAAGACAAACCUGUUGUUCAUCGAGUAAUGAGUGUACCAGGAGCUGGAAGAGACGUUGGUCUUUCUGUUGUUCUGAAUCUUGAAGAAAAUACAUAUAUGGGGUCAAUUAGACCCAGCUUGGGAGCUUCUAUCCUCGUUCACGAUCCCUUUACAUAUCCAGAAGUUGAACUUCUUACUAGUUUUAUACAACCGACUCAAGAAACUGCCAUGAUUUUAUCCGCUUCAAUAAUGGUGAGCUCAGAGUCUGUAAGAAGUCUAAGUAAUUCGCAACGUAAUUGUUGGUUUACUGAUGAGAAACAGCUUAGCACGAGUUCGAUCUACAGUUAUCAAUCCUGCAUUACAGAGUGCAGAAUAAAGUACAUACAAAGAUAUUGUGACUGUGUACCAUUUUACUACCCGAACUUUAAUAACGAUAGAGUUUGCAACCUGCCAGACAUCGAAUGCCUUCUAAAGUAUCGUGGUAGCUUAUCCAAUCUUCGAACAGUUAUUGACUUAGCCACGGAAAACAAUACAUUGGACUCGGCAGAUUGCGAGUGCUUACCUACAUGCGAUGAAAACACAUACACUUCAAAUACUGAAAAUGCGCUUAUGGAUAACGUGCCUUACUAUUCUCAAAUUUUAGAAGGAUUCAACGUCAAAAAUGUUUCUCUUGCUAAUAUCUACUUUCGUAGUAUAACUUGUUUGAAGUAUCGAAAAGAAUCAUGGAUGUCUUGGGAUAAUGUGCUUGCAUCUUUCGGAGGCAUUUUUGGAUUAUGUUUAGGGGGAUCAUUUGUCAGUCUGGUUGAAUUCUUGUACUACUUUGUGCAUAAGCUUUUGUAUAAUUCAGGGGAUGAUACAUUUCAGUCUCCUGUAGUAGUUAAACCAUCAACUUUAUCCCAGAUAAAAUUGUCAGUCCCUGGCAUAGAAAAACUUGAAGACUUGAGCAGAAGAAUGCCCAAUCGCCCAAUAAGUUUCAAAGGGAUCAGUUUAUUGAAAGAUAACAGAACUUAUCACCACGAGCUGAACAAAAAUACUGAAAAAGUUUAUCAGCACAACAAAUUUGUAAAGAGUUUCUUAACGGUUCCUGAAUAA